AUGUCUCGCGAACGCCCUCUCCCACUUGCAGACGAGUGGGACAACCCCGAUACCUACAUCGAUGCCCUCCUUUCCUUCUCCACCUCGCAUACGCUCUUCAUCAAUCUAUGUGGCGGGGUUCACAUUCUCGAUUUCUUAACGCGCGAACCCGAUUUAUACACGACUAUACUCCCAGAGAACUGGGUAGCAUUCUUCGAGCAUCAUGGCAUACACGACAUCAUCCAUUUACUACUACGUGAGGAUAUCGAACCUCUGCGACAACCAGGUGCACCGAAUCAGACAUGGAACGGAGGCGCAUUCCCACCUGCAGAUCUACUAGAGUACAUUUACAAUGUUCGUCGGUUAGUUUUGCGACGCGAUUUCUAUUCUCCUCAUUUGGACAAGAAGAAGACCAAAUUGCCGAGACACAUUGCAGUGGGCAUGAACAAGAAGAAGGUUCAUGAAGUGGAAUGUUUUUCGCGCUAUGUUGGUGGAUUAUCGGAUACAGUGGCGGAGCGACGUGGUGAACCUGUUUCGCAUAUUGUGGAUUUCGGUUCUGGGCAGAAUUACCUUGGACGAACACUGGCUAGUGACCCGUAUCACAAGCAUAUUAUUGCCAUUGAACGGAAACAUCAAUAUAUCAGUGGAGCCAAAGGAAUGGACGUCCAUGCGAAAUUGGCGGAGAAAGAGAAAACGGAAAAGACUUUCCAUAUCAAAAAUAAGAUGUCUCAGGUGAACAGUGCUGUAGAUACUGCAACCACUACAUCUGAAGAGCCGGGUGCUUGUCAGACAGAAGAAUGUGUGGCUAAGUUCGGAAAUGUCCCGGCGAGAGAAGUUGAGGAGAAUAUCGAAGAGACUACUGUCUUUAAAAUGCUUGGAGAGAUCAGUCUACAACCGGGUGAGAUGUUUGGCUCAUUUCCAAAGGGAAACCAACCAAGGAAGACCAAGGCUGAAGAACAUAUCAUCGACGCUCGUGGUACGCUCAGCUAUAUUGAGCAUGAAAUUCAAGAUGGGUACUUAGAGCCCAUUAUUGACCAUGUUGUCAAUCCAUCUCCAGAACCAACACAAGACGGCACCGAAUCAGACGAGGGACAGGUUGCUCUCACGCAGAACGGCAAAGAAAGCCAUACUGAUGCACGGGUGAUGGUGGUCUCCCUACACUCCUGCGGAAACCUCGUCCAUCACGGCGUGCGUUCUCUAACUCUAAACCCAUCAGUGGUAGCAGUUGCCAUGAUUGGCUGUUGCUACAACCUAGUCACUGAACGUCUUGGUCCCGCAACAUUCAAACUCCCCAUCCUCCGAUCUAUACACCCACGUCUAUAUGAAACCGGCACAUCAUAUGAUCCGCACGGGUUCCCCAUGUCGAAGCGCUAUGAAGAUUACAAAACUGCCAACACUGAAGGCAUAAAGCUGAACAUCACUGCUCGAUCGAUGUCUUGUCAGGCUCCGUAUAACUGGGGUCGCACCGAUAGCGAAGGCACCUUCACACGGAACUUCUACCGUGCCCUUUUCCAACGCAUUCUUGUUGACCGUGGCGUCGUAGCUAAGCCCAGCGCAGUCGCGGAUCUAUACGAGGAAUCGAAUCCAGAAGCCGGGCCCAAGGCUCUGAUUGUCGGCUCAUUGCCCAAAGCUGCGUUUACAUCUUUCACGGCGUACAUGCGUGCUGUUACACAUAAGCUGAGCCGCGAUGUAAACUACGGCUCCAAGGUGCAGGAGCUGGUUGGAUCGAUGUCAGAUGAGGAUUUCCAGCGCUAUGAGGCGAAGUACUUGUACGCGAGGAAGAAUCUCGCUGUUGUGUGGAGCUUGAUGGCGUUUAGCUCGCAGGUGGUUGAGAGUAUUAUUGUUGUGGAUAGAUGGCAGUAUCUUCGUGAGCAUGAUUCUGUUAAGGAGUGCUGGGUUGAGCCGGUGUUUGACUAUAGUGAGAGUCCUCGGAAUCUGGCUGUGAUUGGAUUGAAGAAAUGA